AUGAAGUCGUACGCAGAAGCGACAAGGGAAAAUCUCGGCCAGGACCAAAAUAGGAAAGGAGGCCCGGGACAUAAACCUACGCUGCACUCUGUCGUGGUGGAGCCGAAGAGUUCGACCGACACGGCAGAGGAUACAAUACAAAACAUCCGUCACCUACUAAAUGCGAAGGAGGAAGGAUGGCAAGUUCAAAAAAUAAGGAGAGCCAGAGACGGAAAAGUUGUAGUGGGCUGCAGGACGGAGGAAGAGAGGAGUAAACUUAAGGAAAAAUUAGGAAGAGAAAUGGAAGUAAAAGAUGCGUCAAAUAAAAACCCUCUUAUAAAAAUUAAAAAUCUAUUGUCCUGCAACACCACGGAAGAUAUCACCCGGGCCAUCAGGAACCAAAACAAAAACGCGACUGCACACCUGGAGGAACAGGACCUGACCAUAGUGGAAAAGUAUAGAAGGAAAGCAAGAAACCCUCUGGAGAGCCACGUGGUCCUGCAGGUCGCGCCAAAACUUUGGCAAUCAUUAACAUCGGCUGGUAGGAUACACGUGGACCUGCAGCGGGUUUGGGUAGAGGACCAAUCCCCUCUGGUCCAGUGCACUAUGUGUCUGGGGUACGGACAUACCCGCAGACAUUGUAAAAAGGAGACCGAGGUGUGCAGUCAUUGCGGAGGAGCCCAUUUGAGGGCAGAUUGCCAGAUCCAAAAGGAAGGUAAACCUCCCAGCUGCGUUAACUGUAUAGGAAUAAAAGGAAGAGACGCGGAGCACGGAGCCUUCAGUCAGAGCUGUCCAACCCGGCAGGGGUGGGACAAGGCGGCGAGGCUAAGCUACGCGUAUUGUUAA